AUGAGACAGUUGGUGAGUGGCUGGGGGGGGGGCGCACCAGUAAACGUCUCCUGGUCUGAUCUGGAGGACAGUGAAGGUCAUGUCUAUGCUAAAGCCUCUCAACUCUAUGGUGCUCUGCCCUGCACCCUGUGCCUGCUCAUAGUCAGGCACCUGUUUGAGAGGUACCUAGCCACGCCACUGGCUGAUGUUUGGGGAAUUAGGGACAAGGUGCGUCGGACAGUUGAACCAAACCCCACCCUAGAAAACUACUUCUGCAGUCAAGCGCGGGUUCCAUCGCAGGCUGAUGUGAGGUCUCUGUGUAAAAAGACCAGCUGGCCAGAAAAGAGAGUUCAAGUCUGGUUCAGGAGGAGAAGAAAUCAGGAGCGACCGGGGCUUAGGAAGAGGUUCUGUGAGGCCAGUUGGAGAUGUGUGUUUUAUUUUUUUGCGUUUGUUGGCGGAGUCCUAGCUCUCUAUGAUAAACCUUGGCUUUAUAAUCUGAAGGAGGUUUGGGCAGGCUUCCCUAAACAGUCCAUGCUGCCAUCUCAGUACUGGUAUUACCACUUGGAAAUUGGCUUUUACCUUUCUCUGCUCCUCAGACUCACGUUUGAUGUGAAACGAAAAGAUUUCAAAGAGCAGGUGAUUCAUCAUAUAGCCACGCUGACUCUUCUGAGUUUCUCCUGGAUUUCAAACUACAUCCGUAUUGGCACCCUUGUUAUGGCACUGCAUGACUUCGCUGAUGUACUGCUAGAGGGUGCAAAAGUAUUCAACUAUGCCAAGUGGCAUCAAACUGCUAACGCCAUGUUUGUGGUGUUUACGGUUGUCUUUAUGCUCACAAGACUGGUUAUUUUUCCUUUUUGGCUGAUCCACUGUACGUGGGUGUACCCGCUGGAGCAGUUUGCACCCUUCUUUGGUUACUACUUCUUCAAUGUCAUGCUGCUGGUUCUACAGAUACUCCACCUGUACUGGGCUUUUCUCAUUUUACGAAUGGUUUACAAAUUUAUCUUCAGCAAGCUGGAAGGAGAUGACAGGAGCGAUGAAGAGGAGGAGGACAGUGACUCACUGAAGGAAGGCAGCCACAAACUGAGUCACAUGAAUGGUUCUGGAGGCUGGGCCAAUGGCCACAGGCACUCAGAAACAGAAAAAGGAAAAUGGGAGGAGAUACAUGGACAGACUUUUUGAAUUGCAGCUGUUAGAAACUAAAUGUAUAUAAAAAGGAGGAAACGGAGAAGGUAAUUUUUAAAGGAAGUGUGAUGGCAUAGACAUUGAUGCAGAAACAGCAUGAUUUCUGGAAUUCAUUGACCUCUGAGCAGGAGCAGGACAGGCAACGAUAAAGCUGUCCCGGAAUUUGCUGUCAAGUGGCCCCACUUGGAUUCAUCACAUUGAAACUGUCACAAGUUAACCUAUCAACAAAUCAUUAAUUAAAAACAAAAAUUUAAUGUUUAUACAGUUUGUAUUAGUCUAAUAAGCUUUUCCCCCAAUAUUAGUAUGUGCAGACAGCAAAAAUGUAAGGUGGGAUUAUGAUCAUCUGACUCCUAAUUUGACUUAUUACCCUGCUUUUAUUAUCUGAAAUGUUUAAAAUAGAGUAUGUUUAGAAUAACAGAGUAGU